GGGGGGGUACGGGUAACAUUGGGCGUGCAGCGUGCUCCUGGGGGAUAUGGGAUGCUAUAGACACCUACCUAGUACCAUAAGUACCCAACCGGGAGCCGCCCCCCGUGAUGGGGCUGGAGAGAUGGAGUGGGGUGCUCUGUGCCGUCCGCUGGUGCCUCCUUGCUGCACUGCUCCCAUGUCUGUACCUGGAGGCAGAAGGUCCUCAGUCGGCUCUCGGAGACGUGCCUCUCCACCAGUAUCCAUGAGGGAAAUGUAUGGGACGUCGUCGGUCAGCAGCAGUAACUCCGGUUCCUGCAAAGGAGGUGACAGCAGCCCAUCUGCACGACGGACCACUAAGUACAGUUUGUGCAGCGAGAAUCAUGGAAUCAAACCUCCAACCCCGGAACAAUAUCUCACCCCCCUUCAGCAGAAGGAGGUCUGCAUCCGUCACCUGCGGGCACGGCUCAAGGACAUGCAAGAUGCUCUGCAUGAAAGAGACUCCGAAGUGGAUGAACUGAGGUCCCAGCUUAGCCGAAUGCAGGAAGAUUGGAUUGAGGAGGAAUGCCACCGCGUGGAGGCACAGCUAGCGUUGAAGGCUGCUCAACGGGAGAUCCAGCAGCUUCGAGAAGUCAUGGAGAGCGUGAGAAGCCGUCUGGGUGACAAUGACCUGGGAGUCCAGAGAUAUUUUGCGGACAUCACUUUACAGAACCGAAAGCUGGAGACGUUACUGCAGAAUAUGGAGCUGGCACAGAAUGGAGCUCCGCGUGGAGCAGAGGGUGGAGAAUCUGCAGGAGACUCACCAGCCCGCUCCCUCACCCGCAGUUCAACUUACACCAAACUGAGUGAGCCUGCUGCAGGUGAGCACCAAUCUCAGGACAUGGGUGACAGUGGAUACGCAGCUCCUGAUGACAGCAGUGCAGUGUCCUCUGGGACAGAGUUUUGUCUUGGCGAGGUUCCCAUUUGCUUGAAAGAGCAGCAGCCUCCCAUGUGCGUUGAAGCUGGGGUGCAAGCCAGCAGUGUCAGUGACUGUGCAGUGCAGACAGACGAGGCUCUAGUGACCCCAGAAUCUGAUAUAAUUAUAGAGAAGGUUCUUCAGUCUCAUGCAGCCAGUAGCCCGACUGCUUGGACCCCUACAGAGCAAGAACCCUUGGAUGCUGACACCAGCUGCGUGGUACUAGUCACAGAUGGAAACUCUAUAGAGGAGUCUGCUGCUGAGGAACCAGAUGCUCCCCUUAGUUACUGGAGCCGGCACUUUGUAGUGGACCUGCUGGCUGUCUUGAUUCCCGUGGUACCCACUGUUGCUUGGCUGUGCCGUGCUCAGAGGCGCCAGGGUCAGCCUGUGUACAAUAUCAGCUCCCUGAUGCGUGGAUGCUGCUCUGUCGCUCUACACUCCAUCCGUAAGAUCAGCUGCCGGCCAGUCAGUGCCUCCAACAAUCAGCCCUAAACCCCCACUUGCUGUCAGACUUGCAUAUUGUGGGUGAUUGACCUGGUCUGCGCUGCUCAGAAAUGGCCUUCGGGCAACAGUUUUGGUUUGAUGGGAGGUGAUAAGGGGUAGGGUCUACUCAGGGUCAGCUCUAUCAUACUCGGCUCAGACCUGGCAGAGAAGGGGUUACAGCACUGGGGUUAAAUUGGGUAUUAGUCUGUUAUUGGGAGGGGCUACCUGUGGUCACAUGACAAACCUCAAUUUGUGGGAGGAUUUGUGUUUAAAAAGCCAACCUAA